AUGGCCUCAACAAACACGCACCCCCCCUCCGGUCCGCGACAGCGGCCGCGCCGGCGCUCUUCGGCCUCCAACGCCCUCAGCGCCGCCGCCUCGUCGCUGUCGGCAACGGCCAAGCAAGUCGAGUCCAAGCUCACAUCCACACUGCUAGUCCUCUGGGACGACCUGCCAGCCUGGCGGCGCGACAACGCGUACCUCCUCUCAGGCUACCGGCGCCACAGCAACAGCUACCUCGCCUCACUCAAAUCGCUGUUCUACCUGCACAACGAGACCGUCAACAUCUGGACGCACGUGCUCGGCGCGCUGGCUUUUCCGUCAAUCGGCAUCUGGCUGCACGGCGUCGUGGCGCCGCGGUAUGCGUCGGCGAGCGAGGUGGACGUGCUGGUGUUCGCGUGCUUCUUCGCCGGCGCCGUGGCGUGUCUGGGCAUGAGCGCGACGUACCAUGCGGUCAUGAACCACUCAGAGGGCGUCGCAAAGUGGGGAAACAAGCUAGAUUAUUCGGGCAUUGUGGCCUUGAUUGUGGGGAGCUAUGUGCCGGCGCUGUAUUAUGCGCUGGUCUGUGAGCCGCGGCUUCUGACAGUGUAUCUGUACGGGAUCUUCCUCCUUGGCCUAGGAUGCGGCGUCGUGUCAUGGGUCGAGAAGUUCCGGACUCCCAACUGGAGGGUCUACCGCACGUCCAUGUUCGUCGGGCUCGGCGUCUCCGGCGUCGUCCCGAUAUGCCACGGGCUCGUGAUCUACGGAUACGAGUCACUAAAUGAGCAGAUGGGUCUGAACUGGGUUCUUCUUGAAGGGUUCCUCUACAUAUUCGGGGCCUUCCUAUAUGCAUUUCGGUGGCCUGAGCGGAGCUUUCCGGAGACCUUUGACAUCUGGGGCAGUUCGCAUCAGCUCUUCCACGUUCUCAUCCUUUUCGCCGCUGCGUCGCAUCUGAUUGGCAUGGCGAAGGCGUUUGAUUACCACCAUAGUAUCAUGGGAGCGCAAUGCUAA